AUGGGAUCAGCCCCAGGACCAAACAAGAUACCAUACAAGGUCUACAAGAUGUGCCCUCUCCUGCUACGUAGACUGUGGAACCUACUUAAGGUGAUCUGGAGGAAGGGGAUAAUACCUGAUGAGUGGCUACAUGCCGAAGGUAUAUUUACUCCAAAGGAGAAGAACUCCAAACACAUCAGCCAGUUCAGAACAAUAUCUUUGCUAAACGUGGAAGGCAAGAUAUUCUACGCCAUCUUAUCCAGAAGACUGACAACCUACCUUACUACAAAUGGGUACAUUGAUACGACAGUCCAGAAGGGUGGAGUGCCAGGUUUCUCAGGGUGUGUUGAGCAUACCAGUGCAAUCAGCCAGCUCAUUAGAGAAGCAAAGGUGAACAAAUCAGACCUGACUGUAGUAUGGCUAGACCUUGCAAACGCCUACGGAUCUAUUCCACAUAAGCUCAUCGAAUCAGCCCUCCAGUACUACCAUAUCCCUGAACACAUUCAAGGGAUGAUCAAUGCGUACUUCAGUGGAAUGAAACUGCGCUUCAUGGUUGGCGAGAAGAUGACAGCUUGGCAGAGACUGGAGAAGGGAAUAGUGACCGGGUGUACCAUCUCAGUUGUCCUGUUUGUGAUGGGCAUGAACCUCAUAAUCAACCCUGCAAACAAAGAAACCCGCGGGCCUAAGACAUCUACAGGGUUACACCUGCCAACAAACAGAGGCUUCAUGGACGAUCUAACAGUGACAACACAGACACACAUACAAGCAAGAUGGGUACUGAAAGUAUUGGAGGAGGCAGCCACCUGGGCUAGAAUGAAUUUCAAACCCAAGAAGUCCAGAAGUCUGGUCAUCAAGCGCGGAUCAGUCACAAAACGGUUCACCCUUCAAGUCCAAGGGGAAGACAUACCAUCAAUUAUGGACAAUCCCAUAAAGUGCCUGGGCAAGUGGUUUGAUUCGAGCCUUAGUGACAAAGCAAACGUAGAGCGCAUCAGAUCACAGCUCCAGGAAGGGCUGAAACAAAUUGACAAAUCCGCUUUACCAGGAAAGUUCAAGGCAUGGCUCUUCCAGAAUGCACUUCUCCCCAGACUGAUGUUGCCCCUUAUGCUAUAUGAAAUACCGACAUCCUCUGUCGAAUGCUUGGAGAGAAAGAUCAGCAAACACCUGCGCCGAUGGCUGGGAAUACCACCAAGCUUUACCAGCAUCGGAUUGUAUGGGCGAUCGAUCCAGCUACAACUCCCGCUAUCAUCACUAGUGGAGGAGUUCAAAGUUGCAAAGACACGACUGGUAGUGACGCUCAAGCAAUCGCAGGACAGUUCAAUUCGAAAUGCUGGGAUUGAAACUAGGACAGGGAGAAAGUGGUCAGCAAGCCAAGCAGUCGAACAGGCCGAGAAAAGACUCCAGCAAAAAGACAUUGUCGGCAUCACAGCUGUAGGCAGACAGGGGCUAGGCAGCUCCAAGAUAACAUUAUGGAGCUCUGCUGGAAACAUGGAAAGGAGGAGAAUGGUGCAAGAUGAAGUCAGAGCAGCAGAAGAAGAAGACUGA